AUGCCAGGACUCCACUUCCUUCCUGACAAGCAACGAUAUUCAUCUCCCUAUCCUAUAUUGCUAGCGGCGAUGCUUUAUUGCUCCAGCGUCCGCGGGUCCGCAGAGGUGGCCGAGAUGGCGCCGCAGUACUUCGAUGUUCUGUGUGGUGCGAUCUCCCAGCUCACAAUCCCCAAUAGCGACAUAGGGACGGCACCGCAAAACCCUGCUGAUGUGGAGGAAUGGGCAUUCCAGACCAUCCUAGGACUGAUCCUGGGUGGGCUUUUGGCCGAGGGGAGUAUACGCGAGACGGGCAUCUGGAUAUCGAUUGCCUAUCGCUUGAUACUAGAGCACUGCCCUCCCCAUAGCGAUGAAAGGGCCCAUGACUGGAGGAAGCUCUUCAACGGCGUGCAAAUAGUUGACCUCGAGCAUGCUUCGCUGCAUUUAUCCUCUCCAGUGAUUCCCAUCGAGCCCCCAAUUGCAUCUCUCCGGACCUCUCACCGUGAUCAGCUCUAUCGCCUUUCCCGCAUGAUGCAUACUGGAUUAGCGCAUUUCACGGGUCGGAAUUUACCCACCAUUUGGUCAUGCUUUACAACAGAAGGCCCAAUGGUACCCCAAACCGCUACCCACGCUACUGUGUCUUCCUUUACGGCAGUGGACGCUGCGGUGAUACGCGACUGGGCGAGACAACUUGACCUGUGGCUCAUUGAGUUCACCAAAGCUGCCGACGAUGGCCAAAUAGAUCGAACGAUUGUUUUUCGACAGUAUGUACUCCAUCGCCUAGUGGUUUUGUCGAUUUAUCAUCCGGCCCGUGGAUGUGACCUCUACGCGAACAAUGUCCCGCCACAUGAGCAAUUUGAAUUGCUUCUUUCUGCACGGGCAACUAUCAAGCUCCAUCUAAAUGACAAAACAAUCUGGUCAAACUGGGACCUCGUGAUCAUUACAUGGGCGGCGAUGAUUGUCUUACAAGGCUUGGAGGGUGGCGUUGGAGAGCCCGAUGGUAGGUUUGGAAUUCGCCCCUUCGCCGGAACAUACCCGUGUAGGCCGAGAGGACUAAGCAUUUACAGACUUCACGAACGUCGCAUUCCACCUAGAAUCUCUUCGUUCGACUUGCGAACCAAGCCCAAGUCUUCGAGGAAAACUGGCUUUGUGCCUUGA